CAUGUGACUCAUCAAAUGCUUGCCUAUUUAAAGGCAAGGGAGUGGCACCUUCCUUCCCGCUUCUGCCUGCAGGAUCCCAGUGAACAGUUGCAGCAGCACAGCUGGAAGAGCAGCAGCAUGCCUGGAAUUACUUGCACUGACUUGCAUAUUGCACCUGGACAGCGUAUUGCUGUGAAAGGAGAAGUUCCAUCAGGAGCCAAGAGUUUUGUAAUAAAUCUGGGCAAAAAAGCUGAUGACCUCAUCAUACACUUCAACGCACGUUUUGAUGCUCAUGGCGACGUGAAGACCAUCGUGUGCAACAGCAAGAGCGGUGGCCAGUGGGGAAAAGAACACCGGGAGAGCAACUUUCCCUUCCAGGAAGGCAGCACUGCAGAGAUUAUUUUCGCUCAUGACAAAAAUGAGGUGACUAUUACAUUGCCUGGCAACCAUCAGUUCAAGAUCCCCAACAGCAGUGGCCAAGAAGGCAUCGAAUAUAUCUGUGUAACUGGCGAUGUCGCAUUCAAAGGCAUCUCUCUUGUUUAACUGUCCUGGUCGUGUCCUCGUUGCCUUUCCUGCUUUACAAGGCAGAAAAAUAAACUCAACUGUGUUUUGGUCUUA